AUGCAAAAACGCAUAAAAAACUCGGUCUGGGGUGAAUUUCGUGUCGUUGUUGUCGUCGAUCCUGCGUUGUUGUCCGCUGCUGCUGAUCCUCACCACUGGUCCUCGCCGUCCUCGUCGCCGCUCGUUGCUACCGCUCCUCGUCGAAUGAGGAGAUCCGCCGAAGGGCUUCGGACGAUCGCCAGCCCGUCCGUACCACCUGGAACUACAGGCAAGGGUAUCGUGACGAAAAUUCUAGGCCCGCCAAGGAAUGUAUUUGUGCUCGGCGUUGAGAAGCUGGGCAGUGUGGAUGAAGUUGUACAAAUGGAGGCCAAAAAAUGGGACGAUCUGAUUGUGUUCGAUAUGAUUGACACUUACAACAACAUGACUGUCAAAACACUGAAUAUCUUGCGUUGGAUCACGCAGUACUGUCGAGCACCAAGAUUCUUUCUGCAGGUAUGA